UAACUGUUUGUCUUGUCACUUUACUUCAUUAGCUAGCUUUCAUCUUCAUCUUCUCCUUUAUUUUCCUCACCAGCGUCACAUCUUGACAAAAAGAGAAGAAGUUAUCAAAAAAAAGAAAAAAGAAAAUGGAUGAACUAAUUGUUUCUUCAUCUUCAUCAUCAUCAUCAUUUUUCAUACCAUCCUUACUUUCUCAAGGAAACCAAACAUCAUCAACCCUUCAACAAAUGCUUCAACACAUUCUCAAGAUUCAAACAGAUUCUUGGGCAUAUGCAAUUUUCUGGCAGACAUCAAAUGAUGAUGAUGGUAGACUUUUCUUAGCAUGGGGUGACGGUCAUUUCCAUGUUACAAAAGUGAAAAAAGGAGGUGUAGUUUGUGCUAACAAAGCCAGUUCUGUUGAGAGGAAAAAUGUAAUUAAAGGGCUACAAGCUUUGAUUUGUGAGAAUGGUGAUAAUAAUGGUGUAGUGGAGGGAGAUGGUGAUGGUGAUGUCACUGAUGCAGAAUGGUUUUAUGUGAUGUCUUUAGCACAAUCUUUUUCUAUUGGUGAUGGUGUACCUGGUAAAGCAUUUAGUAGUGGUUCUCUUGUGUGGCUAAAUGGUGCACAACAGCUUGAGUUUAGUAAUUGUGAAAGAGCUAAAGAAGCUCAUGUUCAUGGGAUUGAAACUUUGGUAUGUAUUCCUACUUCAACUGGGGUUCUUGAAUUGGGGUCAAGUGAGUUAAUCAAAGAGAAUUGGAAUUUGGUUCAACAAGUCAAGACACUUUUCAACUCAAAUCAAGAAAAUGUUAAUUGUCCGAUUGAUGAAAAAAGCAUUUCUCUUGUAGAUAUUGGUCUACAAGAGAACUACAAUAACAAUACUAGCAGAAAGGCAAAAGCAGCAGGGGAAACGACUACUAUAUUUCAAGAUUCUGACCAAUCUGAUUCCGAUUGUCAAGUACUUAUGGAGAAGCCAAUAGAGAAGAAAACGCCCAAAAAGAGAGGGAGAAAGCCGGGAGCAUCCCGUGAAACGCCUUUGAACCACGUAGAAGCGGAGAGGCAGAGGAGGGAGAAAUUGAACCAUAGAUUCUACGCUUUACGUUCUGUUGUGCCUCAUGUCACAAAAAUGGACAAAGCCUCAUUGCUAUCAGAUGCUGUAGCAUAUAUCAAUGAGUUGAAAUCCAAAGUGGAUGAAUUGAAAGUGCAACUUAGUACCAAACCAAAGAAAAUGAAAAUUGAAUCUAUGGAUAGUACUAAUUUGGACAAUCAUAGUACUACAACAACAACUACUUCUGUGAAUCAAAUUAGGCCAAAUUCAUCAUCAGUAGCAUCAUUUGGAAUACCAAACAAUUUGAAAGUGGAAGUUGAAGUGAAGAUAUUAGGUCCAGAUGCUAUGAUAAGAGUACAAUCUGAAAAUGUAAAUUAUCCAUCAGCAAGAUUGAUGCGUGCACUUCAAGACCUUGAACUACAUGUCCACCAUGCCAGUAUCUCAAGUGUCAAUGACCUUAUGUUACAAGACAUAGUUGUUAAAGUUCCUAUAGGAUUGGGUACUGAAGAUGGAUUAAAAAUUGCACUACUUAGAAGCUUAGAGCAGCAGCAGUAGUAGUAACAUGUUUGAUUAAUUUAUGCAUUAAUGUUGUUUGAUUUAUGUCCAGAUUAAGAUUUUCUUCAGUACUUUUGUGCCUUUUUAUUUUGUAAUAAAUCAUUUCCUUGUUUGAUGAGAUGAUCAAAUCCUUUUGUAUAGCAAAAAUUCUGUCAUGUAAAGAUCUAUAUUAUUGCAUGCUCUUUUA